UAUUCGAAAUAUUACGGAACUAUAUGAUUGUGAAUCGCUUAAUAAAUUAAAUAGGUAUAUACAAUGGUGAAGUGUGCAGUUGUUGCCUGCACCAACAAAAGCCAAAUAAAAGUAGCGGGAAUUUCAUUUCACAAAUUUCCAAAAAAUCAAAAUUUAAGACAAAAAUGGCUAAACAGCAUUAACAGGCCUAAUUUCAAGCCAUCACGAUGCAGCUGCAUAUGUAGUGAUCAUUUUAAGAAAGAUGAAAUUAAUUUAACAUUAUGCUUUCCGCGCCUCAAAGACAAUGCCUGCCCAUCUAUCCUGGAAAGCAAAAUGUCGAGGCAGAGUCAACGCAAAUUCGAGAUGAGGUGCUGCGUGCCGCUCUGCAAGAACGACGCGGACACUAUACCCAAGAAUAGUGACAUAUCGUUUCAUAUGUUUCCAGAGUCCACCGAACUCCGCAAAUUUUGGUUGGAAGCUCUGGACUUGACCGACUGGUUUGAGAAGGAUGUCAACACUGCAAUAAACUCGGUGGUGUGUUCCGAACACUUCUCCAGCGCUGACAUCUACAGCACCAAGAGUGGCUUCAGAAAGUUGAGGAUUGGCGCUGUGCCUUUAGUUAUACAGGAAUCUCUAGACGAUGAUACGUUGGCAGAAGUACCUGAACAGUUAAAGAUAUGCAGGAUAUGCCUCGACACUGAUUGCAAGAUGUUCUCGAUGAAUCAAUAUAAAUUAGAGGAGGUUUAUCAAAAUAUGACCGGAUUUUCGAUGGGUGAGGACGAGCGAGUGUCGCAGACGUUCUGCGUGGAGUGCGCCCACAGACUCGUCACAUUUGACAAGUUCAGAGAGAAGAGCCUGCAGGCUGAUCUAUUGCUGUCGGAGCUGCUCAAGAAGACCAAGUCGGUAUUGUUUCAGUCGUUAAAAGAGGAGGUAAUGAAAAUUGACCGAAAAAAUUUUGGUCUGACGUCCAAUUUGGGAGAGAAACUGUUAAGUUACGACGCUUUCGACCUAUAUAUACAAGAAGACACGCAAAUUGAACCAAAUAUUGAAUGUGAAACUUAUGAUGAUCAAGAUAAUAUAAGUAAGAAGGAGAAUUAUACUGUCUACUUUGACAAAUCUGAUGCUAAUGUUCAAACAGAAGGAACGCCUACAAAAAACAUAAAACAGAAUACGCCUAACGUCUCUGUAGGUGCAAAACAACAGGCGACUUCAAAAUCAAACGCAUCACAAACACCAAACACGACUGCCAAAUCAAUUGUACAUCAAACAACUACUAAAACAAACAAAUCAAAUGUAUUAACCCAAAUGACUACUAAAAAUGAAACACACACGGUUUCAACUCCUAAAACAAAAAAUACACAAAUCAAACAGUUACAACCGAUAGUGAAUAGAAAUGUAAAACCAUAUCAACCUAUACAUACACCGCAGAAAAAUAUGAAAACCUAUAAAAAUGUUAAAAGAUUGGCUGAAAUUGAAAAUCCAGUUGUCGUCAAGCAAGAGGUUGUAACAGAAAACAAUGAAUCAAUGCAAGUAGACUACAUACCGGUUAUAGAUGUUGUCAUAGACAAUAAGUUCAAAAUAGUUCGCAAGGAGGAUCUGUUGUUGAAAAACGCACAACUGGUCAUAGCCAACAAACAAACACCUAAUAAAGAUGGCGACGGAAAUAGAGCUAUUGUAAAUGAUAAUCACAACACACCUGUAGGCAAUAAUCCAAAUUUAAACAACAGUGUAGUUAAAGAGAAAAAAGUCCUUCCCAUAAUGAAGGGUGACAGAAUAAUAAUGCCCAAUGAAAACAAAGAUAACGAAGAAAAUCAAACAGAAAUGCCGAUUCUCCAAACUAUACUCACACAGAAAGCAUCUAAAACACAGGAAAAUGCUGAUAAAUCGAAAAGUGUCGAAAUAGAAAUACCAGACAUUAAUGAUGAUGGUAAUAACACAAGCGAUACUUACGAGGUGCCAGUAACAGGAUAUGUGGAACAGGAGUACUAUGAGGAGUCUAUAGUGGAGACGGUAAAUUCAGACUAUUUAGACUUACAUUCUGAAGACGAUGAACUGCUAAAUAUAAAGAGAGAAGUGGAGCAAAUAGUGAAGGAAGAGAGAGAUAUGACUGGAGUUUCAGAUAUCAAGGAGGACCCCGAGCUGUGGGAUGAGGACAAUAAUGAGGACAACGAGGACAAUGAGCCCGUCGAUGACUCCUGGGGCCAGGAUGACUUCUCCGAAGAAGAAAACGAGGAAGAAGAGAACAGCGAAGACGGAGAAAACGGGGGAAACGGAAAACUUCAAAGCAGUGAGGAAGCUCAGCCCUGAUGCUGCCAAAAGAGCGAAGAUAUCGAGGAAGAGGAAGACCACCAUGAUGAAUU